CUGCAUUUAUUCCAACAUUUUGGCAAACUUUGAAUAAGAUAAUGAAUGUAAUGAUAAUGACAUUCAUUCACCUCAGUGAUGCCCAAUACAGAUAAGUGUACAUUUGAAAAUAAGUAUCUGAUGAAUAAUUAACCACUUGGGGAAAAAAACAUAAGCACCAAUCAAAGUUAAGUUUUUGAUAAGGUAAAAUUGCUACCUAAUAUAGUAAACUUCAUAAACUGUCGAAUUGUAUACACAUAUUCAGUUUCCGUCCCAGCUAAUUAGGUAUAUAACAUCAAACAUGUAUUUUAUCUUUAGUAGCCAAAAUUGUAUAACAGUGAUAUUGCAUCAGUGUUUGUACAGUUAUAGCGUUUGUUGUAAUUAACACAGAUUGAGGAUGUACAUUGAUUGUUAAAAUAAACACUUAGCACAACUACAUCGACAAAUAUUACAUAAUUUUGCAUUUCGUUCGUUGUAUACAGUUGAGAGACUGGAGAAAACUUCAUAAAUUACAAUAGCUAUAAAAACCUGAGAUGGUGUCACACUGUGUGUAGAUAAAAUAUUCAUGCAAACAAUAAAUACAUGAUUAGUGUACCAGAAAACAAGUGUAAAUCACUUGUGUGUAAAGUUAAACUACACUACAGAUUAAAAGUGACUGUAGAAUGUGUAAAUCAUAGAAUGUUUACAAUGUUAGGUAGUGUUCGUAAUAUGAGGUUAACAUUGGAAUGCUAACAAAGUGAUGUUGAUGCAGUGUUAAAAACAUAAGGUGAUGCAUUCAAUGUGAUGUUAACAAUGCAACAAUGGUGUUAAAAGCAUAUUACCAACUAUGUAUUUUUCUUUUUUACAUUUGAAAACAUUUGUAAUGCCCACAUGAACUCACAAAAAGUGCCUUUAAACAUGCAAUACACAAUAUAAUGGAAUUUUAAAUAUGUAUAUAAAUAUACCAUUACCGGUAAAUAAAAAGCUGCAAAUGGUGUCAUGAUAAACUAAUCAAAUGUAUAUUUUAAACCAAAAAAAAAAAUAUGACGCUGCCCGUAGAUCUUUACUAUUUUUACUAUAUUGUAAAAGUUAUCAAUGAUGAGGCAUAGUGAAACUCAUAAUCAUGCCAUCAACCAUAUGAAUAUUGAAAAAAAUUUAGUCACUCACUCAAUCUCACUCACACUAAACACUGACAAUACUACAUUUUGUACAAAUACAUGUAUAUGUAUAAACCAUGGGUUUACACAAGGUUCGGUGACAGGAUUUGGAUUUAUGCAAGGUUUAGUGUUGACAGGAUUUGGGUUUAUGCAAGGUUUGGUGUUGACAGGAUUUGGGUUUAUGCAAGGUUUGGUGUUGACAGGAUUUGGGUUUAUGCAAGGUUUGGUGUUGACAGGAUUUGGGUUUAUGCAAGGUUUGGUGUUGACAGGAUUUGGGUUUAUGCAAGGUUUGGUGUUGACAGGAUUUGGGUUUAUGCAAGGUUCGGUGUUGACAGGAUUUGGGUUUAUGCAAGGUUUGGUGUUGACAGGAUUUGGGUUUACGCAAGGUUUGGUGUUGACAGGAUUUGGGUUUACACAAGGUUCGGUGACAGGAUUUGGAUUUAUGCAAGGUUUGGUGUUGACAGGAUUUGGGUUUACGCAAGGUUUGGUGUUGACAGGCUUUGGAUUUACACAAGGUUCGGUAUUGGCAGAAUUUGGAUUUAUGCAAGGUUUGGUGUUGACAGAAUUUGGGUUUACGCAAGGUUUGGUGUUGACAGAAGUUUGGACAGGUUUACCUGUAAUAACAGGGAAUAUUUACAUUUGAUUUUUACGAAUUGAAUCAUAUCGUACAUGUUUUUAUUAGUGAUCUGCAGACAAGAAGUCCUACAAAAUACACAUAUAAUAUCACUGAACUUCCACCAUACAAGACACACACACUUAAUCACUACAUUCAGUUGGGUAAACCACGGUUACUAAAAAAGACGGUUAGGAAACACUAUUGUUAAAAUGUGUGAAUCUGCCUAAUCCCUCAAGGAUGCGUAUCGCGCUGUGUACGCCCUCUAUUGCUUGAGAUUUCAAGGCCCACCAUUUUGUUUCAUUUUUGUGUCGAUCACUUGAUGUUCCGCGAAUUUGAAAUUUUAAGCUCGUUUUCGAUAGAAUAUCCACGUUUAGUGAACACGCUCUACGAAGAACCACACGUACAUUUCGGAUGAGUACUCUUUGUGACUGUGAAAACAUUCAGAAUCGAGAAUCGUCAUUUAUCGUUUUCACUGUUGUCAUGAGGGUAAGCUGGGGUCCCGGUAGAAAAUAUGACAAAAAUUCUAACCCCCAAGUCACUAUUUUAAAAUACAUUAUAUUAUAAAAAAUACUACCAAAUGAAUUUUUAGUAUACUACUGUGUGUACUUAUGAAGGUUGUGUGCGAUUUGGGGGCUUAUUAGAGUAAAUUUUAUCGUUUUGCUAUCUCGUCACUGUAUCAGCCAUUUUGUUUAAAGUCGUAACACUUUUUUUGUAGACCCCGUAGAAAUUGUUGAAAAUGUAUUCAACAUUUUCCCGCCAGUUUCAUAAAAUGCC